AAACUUGUUUGGGAAUUCGAAUCAUCUCUUGCCGUGACGUCUACCGAUACACAACGUUAAUAGAUACAAUUAUAUCACCAAGAAAGCAAUUCAAACAGAUGUAAAGUUGCACAUCAGGCAUAUAGCACUAGAGAGUGGGAAGUGUGAAACAGCUGGUGGGCGGAACGGAUAUUUGCUAUUACAGGACAUUCUAUCAUAUUGGAUCAUUCUCGAAUCCUAUUUACCGUACAAUAGACUCCAGGCCAUGUCCGGGAUGGAUAGUGUUCAUCUGACGUUGUCAAUCAUUUUGGCAUGUCUUCUAAUUCUUGUCAAAGCGGGUGAUACACACAUAGUAGAGGAUGCGGAAAAAGCAGAGGCGGAAAAUGUAAAGCGUAAACUUGCAGAUGGAGCAGAUCUUGGAAAAGAUGGUGAUAGUUUGCAGGACUGGACCGAAAUUAUCAAAAAAUGGUACGGCAUAAGGAAUAGACAAAACCAAAAUGUAUUCCCACAAGACUCGCCAAUUGAUAAAAAAUGGUAUGGCGCAAGAUUCCGACAAGACGUGCCAACGGAUAAAAAAUGGUAUGGCGCUAGAUUCCGACAAGACUCGCCAAUUGAUAAAAAAUGGUAUGGCGCAAGAUUUCGACAAGACUCGCCGAUUGAUAAAAAGUGGUAUGGUGCAAGAUUCCGACAAGACUCGCCAAUUGAUAAAAAGUGGUAUGGCGCUAGAUUCCGACAAGACUCGCCCAUGGAUAAAAAAUGGUAUGGCGCAAGAUUCCGACAAGACUCGCCAAUUGAUAAAAAGUGGUAUGGAGCAAGAUUCCGACAAGACUCGCCAAUUGAUAAAAAAUGGUAUGGCGCAAGAUUCCGACAAGACUCGCCCAUUGACAAAAAAUGGUAUGGCGCAAGAUUCCGACAAGACUCGCCAAUUGAUAAAAAGUGGUAUGGAGCAAGAUUCAGACAAGACUCGCCAAUUGAUAAAAAGUGGUAUGGAGCAAGAUUCCGACAAGACUCGCCCAUGGAUAAAAAAUGGUAUGGUGCAAGAUUCAGACAAGACUCGCCAAUGGAUAAAAAGUGGUAUGGAGCAAGAUUCCGACAAGACUCGCCCAUGGAUAAAAAGUGGUAUGGAGCAAGAUUCCGACAAGACUCGCCCAUGGAUAAAAAAUGGUACGGUGCAAGACUACAGGCUCGUCUAAAUUCACCAAGUUAUAUGAGUGCGGUUAAGAAAUGGUAUGGGGCGCGACUACAGAAGCAACAAAGGUAUCGACCUUCAGGAUAUAGGUAUCGUUAUGGAAGUACAAACAAAAGAACAAUGGAUGAAGAAUUCGAUGAACACAAUAGCGAUCUCGGAGACCUGAGCAAAGAAUCGGAUGACAACGAAUCUCACAACCAAGUACUUGAUGAGAACAAUCUAAGCGAAGGGCUACUCCAAGCUUGGAAAAGAAGUCGAUUUGAUAGCAGUGACGAUGAUUUAGAACAGUUCGAUUUGAAUGAUCUACAGUCGUGGAAUGAAUGAAGGAAGAGACAAUGAGAUGAUCUUUACAUGGUAUUGCUUCAUUUUUAAUCCCUUGAAUUCCAAGCACAACAAAAAUGAAGUCAAGUGAUGUUUUACUUUUUUACAUUUAUUAAAUUGAACAUAAAUGUUAUUUUAAGUUAAAAUGGCGAAGUCACAAUUGGCAAAAGAUAUAAAAAGAAAAUGCUACUUGGUAUUCAAGAGGUUGAAUAUUUACCAUAUGUAUGGAUAUGGUUAUGUAUGGUCGCAGAGUUGUUCUCAACUACGUAUAGUACUCGUUCUAAGUCUCAAAAGCUUAUAAUCUCAAAACUAUUCUGGAUCUUAAGUUCAUGUUUAUUUGUUUUUAUCUCAACCAAUAGACACUGAAGAACUUUAGCUGCAUGAUUUUUCAUAACAUUUUACGUGCCUCUGCUGGCGUUACUCAAAUAUUUUACAAUUAUUUUGAAAAAUAAUUUCCUGAACAAGUCAUACAAUUUCAACAUUUUAGACAAGAGGGUAAAUAACCUUUGGUUGCCACUACACUUUCUUCAAACCAAUGAACUUCUUUUAUUGGUUUGUGUCUCUUUGUUUUGUUUUCUUAUGAAUUUUUUUAUUGGUCUAUGACUAACGUCAACCACGUCUUAUCGCCAUCGCUGAUUGGUCGAAAAACGUUUCAUUGAUCACGUCGAUGAAACAAAAUGAACAAUUCAAACUUUGGUAGAGACGCUUCGUUUCAAUACAAAAUAGUAUCUGGUGUAAUUAAGGAAUGCUGUAAUAUACUUUUGUAUAUCAAAAUAAAGAAAGCUGUAAGAAAUGCGUUUAUGUCAAUUACUUAAAAAAACUUCACAUCGAUGUAUAGUAUUCUGAUGAUAGGUGUUGAAAAAGUGCACGAAACGAGACCAAGAAAAAACAUAGGGCCAACCAUUAACUAAGAUUUGUAUCCUCUUAUUUAAGGAAAAGUAAGUUUUAAGAUUGAGAAUAGGAGUUUAUAAAGACUUGUAAUGCAAUUCAAAAUUUCUCCCAUUUUGAAAUUCUCCUAUUUGAAAUGUCGUUGCUAUAACGGGUAGCCAGGGUAACCAAGGUAUGCACCCCUAGACCUCUAGUUCGCGAAAUGCUCAAUCUUAAAGUUUACAUUCAAUAUAAACGAUAAGAUUAUAUUCAAGACUAAUUAUUCAAAUUAAACUAUUUUGGUAGUUCGAAUUUUCAUGUACUGAAAAAUUUGUUCUCUGUUUCCUGCCGUGUGGUUACAUGGCUCGGAUAUUCAUAUCAUUUCUAUUUUGAUGUGUUGACAGAGGAUCGAAUAUAAUCAUUCCGACCCCCAUUGUAACGUUUAUGCACAUGCGUGCCGUCUAUCUUAUAUUGGUCUCAUCCUGAUCUAUGCGAACCUUCAGUUGUGGGUACGCAGUUUAGUCGCAAUAAUUUUGGACUACAGGCUAAUAUGUGUCAUUAAUUUAAAUGUAAUUUUGUGUUCGUAUAUUGUAAUACACACGAGUUAAAAAAACUAUUGUAUUGUUUGAUGUAUAUUGAUAUUCUGUACAAGGCUCUAAUAAAGGGCUGUCUUUAUCUUGGCCUUUGCUUAAUCCGAUCAGAAACCAUGAAUUUUUAGAAGUGGUCAUAUCUAGCCCUUUGUUUGAUUUCUCAAUGAGAAAUUGGACGG